UAUCACAUGACGCUGUGCGCGGAGGAAUCCCGAGGCGGACUAGCGUGACGUAGUGGCUGCCCGUGACGUCAUGGCCUACUCAUCAUGGCGGCUGGCAGACAAGCGGUACCUCGUCACGCCCAAGGUCAUUCGCGCCGACCUCCGCAGCAGGGGCUUCAAGGCCGUGCCGGAGGAAGUCGUCCAACUCCGAGACGUCGAAGUCCUGGACCUCUCCAACAACGACUUGGCGCUGCUGCCGCAACAACUUCGCUUUCUCACCCGUCUGAAGGAACUGAGGCUCGCGAGCAACAAGCUGCACGUGUUACCGUCCGUGGUACUGACGUUCGAGCGGUUAGUCGGGCUGCAUCUGUACCAAAACGAACUCUCGUCCCUUCCGGAAAGGUUCGGCCUCCUCACCACCAUCCGGGUACUUGAUCUGAGGGGAAACAGAUUUACCGCCUUCCCGUCCGCCAUCUUGUCCCUCACACAGCUGAAGGAGUUGAACAUCUCCCAAAACAAGAUCGCGGUGGUUCCAGACAACAUCGAGAAGUUAUGGCAGCUCACGGACUUGCUGAUGGACCACAAUCAGCUGUCGUUUCUUCCGGAGACGCUAGGGAACUUGUCGCAACUCAGGGAACUGCGGGUACAGGGAAACCCGCUCGCGUGCGUGCCGGAGUGUAUCAAGAAGUUGAAAAGGCUACAGACUCUUUUCCUUGGCAACUUUCUAGGUUUGGGCCAAGAGGACGGUUACACCAUCUCCGAGCUACCGGAAGACGUCGCCAAACUGAAUCUUUUGACCGUCAUGACAGUUCGCGGGGGGUUACUAACGUCACUUCCGGACACUUUUGGCACCCUUAGACUCAAAGAGUUGGACUUUAGUUUUAACUUAUUUGCGGUGGUUCCUAAACAAGUCAUUGAAGUCAGCACACUGGAAAAGCUGAAUCUCUGUUACAACCGACUUACAAGCCUGCCUGACGAUGUCUACAAGAUGCAGAAGCUGAAGACUAUGAUCUUGUAUGGCAACGAGAUCAAAGAGCUACCGCCGCCUGUUUUAAGACUGUCACGCCUGGUCAUGCUAAACUUGGACCACAACCAACUCACCACUCUGCCAGAUGACAUUGGCAAACUGGAGAGCUUGGAGUACUUGCUCGUGUCGGGAAACAAUAUGGACUUCUUACCCGAGGGGUUGUGUAAUCUAAAGAGCCUGUUUCAUCUAAACAUCAGCGACAACAACGUGGAAGUACUACCGGCCGACUUCGGCAAGCUCCCACGUCUAAAAAGUGCCAGGCAUCUCCACACUCGUGGUAACCCCCUAGUGCAGCCUCCCAGACGGGUCUGUGACUCGGGUAUGGCGGCUAUCAAGAGCUACCAGGAGCAACUUCAGCGGGCAGAAGUCGUGCGGACGCCCCGCAUCAAGCUGUGCGUAUUCGGAGACAGUCUUGCCGGUAAGACCAGCCUUGUUUACGGUCUAAUGCACGGGAAACCCCCAAGAGCAGCCUCUCAGACUAGCCGCACGAGGGUGACCAAGAUCAACACAUGGGACACGAAAAUGGGCGUGGAGUUCGAGGUCUACGACUUCGGAGGCAACCAACUCUACAACCUGCUGUACCAACACUUCCUGACAGAUGGCGCUGUGAACGUCGUCACCGUCAACAUGCAGAGCUACAACCCCUCGCGUUUCUACAGCGCCGUCGGGUACUGGCUGGACCUCCUGAACGCGCGCUCUCCCGGGAGCACGGUUCUCUUGGUCGGCACCCACGCAGACAAGUGCAAGCCCGAGAAGCUACGCGACAGAUGCGGAGACGUCCAGGCACAAGUGGAAGUCUUACAGCGACGGCAACUUCAGGAAGCGCAGGCUCAAGACGAGAGAGUAGACAUUCUCGUGGACAAGACCGGGAAGCAAUCCAAACCUGGCAUCAAAAUGAAGGACAUUCUCCCAGACUGGGUGCGAGAAAGGAGAGACAGAGCUAAAGCGCUACUAGAGAACAGGUUAGAAAUCCACCCUACACUCAUGACGGUAAGUCUGGGUAAGAAUAUCCAGGGCAUCACGGAACUGAGGAAUGAACUGGUGACCAAAGUGUCCGACAUAGCCAAGUUCCCAGUCAUGAGGCGGCUGGUGCCACAGACGUGGAGCGACCUACAUAAAGUGUUACAAGACGAGCGUCGGAAGCCGCGCGUGUGGCUGACGUGGCGCGAGUGUCUGAGGCUAGGACAGCGGGUGGGGCUGAACAUAGAGAAGCUGCGGCUCGCUCUGGACCACCUACAACUGACCGGCACGCUCCUACGGUUCCCACAUGUCCCCAGCCUCGCAGACUAUGUGUUCCACGACCCGGGCAGGCUUGCAAACGUUCUGAGAGAAGCCCUAACCCCCAGCAUGGAGAGCGUUCUCAAAGAAGGCAAGGUCCGCUUUCCCGACGUUCGGUGGAACGACUUAACAGAUGCAAUAAGUGUGUUCAGGGACAUGAACUUCCUGUCGACUAAAUUGUUAGAGGGGCUGCUACAACCGUGUUCUUCAGAAGUACACGACGGGAAAGCGCUAGUCUCUCUACUAGAGGCGUGCGAACUGUGUUUUGGUGUAAAAGACGACAGCGUACAAGAGGCCCUGUUUGCGAGCUGCCACUACUUCCCGGGCUACCAGCAAGCCUCUCAGCCGGCAGACCUGAUCGACAUUUGGGCAGAGGAACUCCCAAAUCACCAGGAACAGUUGCAGCUCGGGUGUCAGAUACGCGGGUUCUGUCCACCGGGCUUGUUUGAGCGUUGGUCUACAAGGGUUAACCGGCUGGUACAGGAGAGGAGAGACUGGAAAGACGGGAUGGUGGCGUAUCGAGGCGGGGUGCCAGUACUGGUGGAGCGCGCUCAGGACGGGGUUGCGAACGUCGAAAUCGUUCUAUCGGCGCGAGGACAGAUCAAAGAGGCGUUUCGGAUGUGGAACGCGACUUUGCCGCUGCUGACGCACCUCUUAGAACUGUUGGACGAGUGGCCAGGAGCGCUGUACUCUACGUACGUGACGUGUGCCCACUGCCUGAAGCAAAGACUAGAGAACCCGUACAGGUACCCGGAGGAGAACCUACACCAGCCGUACGUGGUCGGCAUGACCAGCGUCAGGUGCCCCCGGUCCAUGUACAAGGAGUCGGUCUCCGCCAUGCUGGUUCAUCCACAGUUAUAAAUAGUAUCAGAAAACUAGAAAUAAGGUAACCUUUGCAACGCAAAUGUUUACCUUCUCAUAUGGUCCGCUCUGUUAAUUCUUACGCAAACACAUUCAUAUAUAUAGUGAGACAGGAGUCUAAAUCCCUCCUGCUACAAAUGCACAGAUGCAACAAAACACUUGUUACCAUGGUGACAGACGUCUGGUUUAGAUCAUUCACCUUAUUUGAAAUGGAUGAAGAGGCGGAAACUGAGCAAAAACAAUGUUUUCCUUCAGUAAACAAAAUUAUACAAAACAAAGUAGGACUCGAUUGAACAGCAUUGUAAGAGUGGAAUAAAUUGCCAGUCAACUUCGAGUUGUGCCCUCCAUACCUGAGUGUUUCAGUUUAGUAACAACACUGACCCACACAAGGAAACAUAAUAUUAUUCAAUCUUUUAAUACAGUCGACUACCUGCUUGACAGGCCAUUUUAAACACAUUUUAUAUAAUAAGAAUGGGUUAGUUAAUAUACUAUUUGAGGAUCCAAUUCUCAGGUAUUCAUCAUGUGUAAUUCUAAUUCUAAUUGUAACUUGCCGCUAACACCACCCAUUCCCAUAGGGAGUAUCUAGACUUAACAAGUUUUUUUUUCACAUAGAAGGGAAUAAUGCAAUUACAUUGUGCCCCCCUCCCCCCUGAAGUCUUCUGAACUACUGUGGUUUGUAACACUCGAAGGUAGCAAGACAUUGUAACAAAUGCAUGGUUUAGCCACAUCAGUCAAUACACUGGUUCUCAAGCUGUAAGUCAAUUGUCUGUUAAAUGUCACACUGACUUAAUUUUAUGGAUGACAUCCUCUGAACACCCCCAAACUAGUGCACGCGGGCAAACAAUAAAAAA